AUGACGAAGCAGGAAAUACGUGGUCCGGCUGCGAAAGCCAAAGAGGACGACGACGAGCCGGAGCCGUUCUGUACAGGACAAUGCACAGCCGAGUGCUUGAUUGUUUUCUUUGUAUACGCCUUAGUCGUUUUCGGCUGCACACUUUUAACCACAUUUGGAAUGUGGAGCAUGACUGUUACAGCUACGGUGCCGGCGGGCGUACUCUUUUCAUUUUUCCUCUACAUCUUCGGACGGAAAGUAUCUCCGCAGCAGCUGGCUUAUGUGGCACUGUCGACGCUCGCGCUUGCACUUCCACUAUCUAUGGCUCUGCCGGUGGUGAGAUCAGCAUGGACGAUGGCAAUACGGUUGCUUGAUUUCGCUUCAUUUCGCCCAAAUAAACCCUGGUUCGUCAGGCCGGGAUACCCGCUAUGGAGUUUCGUCGACACCUUCGUCCUGGAGGCGAUGUUACAAGAGUUGGUCAAGGCCGCAGUGAUCUAUAAGGUGUUCACAAGAAAAUUGGUGCAGCGGCCCGGAGAUUUUGUCGCGUAUAGCGUCGUCGCGUCAAGCGUGGUUGCAGUGGUCGACGUCGGAAUGCAAGCUCUCAAGGUUGCUAGCUCUUUGAGGAGCAUGCCGAAAUUUGUCAUGGUGUCGGGGAACGCUGGGAGCGGGCAGGCUCCACAUGGGCUGCCGGAUCACCAGGCUGGCGUGUUGUGGUCCUUUACGCUGUAUUACGCCGGAUUCAUAAUUCCUAUGCAGAUGGCCACCGGUAUUAUUCUUGCAUCCAUGAUGGCGUGCAGAGAACUUCUUCAUCAAAAGCUUUCAUUCAUUAAGGUCAUCAGCUGGCCAAUCCUGCUACACGGAACCCCAAUCUUCGCGAGUCAGAUUCUCAGACAUAUUUCUCACAACGAGGCAUUUCGCGUCCUCCAUGGCGCCGACCCAGCCAGCCUAAGUACCCAGGAGCUUUCACGGCUGGGAGCGUUCACUGCUCUCCUGCAGUUCAUUGUCUGCAUCGUCAUGGCGAUGGGCAUUAGCGCUGCAUUUACUCUUUCGAGGUUUCUUUAUCUGAAAGUAGCGAGAAUGCUGCCGCCCCACUCGCUUCCGACCUCGUCUGCCCAGGAAAAAGCAGGAUUCCUGUUUACAUGGAACGACGUGUUCCAGAGAGAUGACUGUUCCCCAUAA